CUGACGUCACACUUGGCUCGGCCAUUUUGUAAAACUAGUACGGUUUGAUUUGUCGUGUGAAAAUUGUAUGAAUUCCGGCCGUGGAAAUACGCCAAAUUCAUACAUCUAAAAUCCCCGAAAAUCGUAUUAGUGUGUCGCAGGAGAGUUGCAUUUUGCCACGAGAAUGGAGGAUAAGUCGACCCUGAAGGAUUUAGACCAAUGGAUCGAGCAAUUGAACGAGUGCAAACAAUUGACAGAGACUCAAGUGAAAACCCUAUGUGAUAAGGCAAAAGAGAUUUUGUCAAAAGAAUCAAACGUUCAGGAGGUGAAAUGCCCUGUCACAGUUUGCGGAGAUGUUCACGGCCAGUUUCAUGAUCUGAUGGAGCUGUUCCGGAUAGGAGGACGAUCUCCAGACACCAAUUACUUAUUUAUGGGAGACUACGUUGAUCGCGGCUACUAUUCGGUUGAGACAGUGACGCUUCUGGUGGCGCUCAAGGUGAGAUAUAGGGAGAGAAUAACCAUUCUCCGUGGCAAUCAUGAAUCACGUCAAAUCACCCAAGUCUACGGAUUCUAUGAUGAAUGUCUUCGCAAGUACGGCAAUGCGAAUGUGUGGAAGUUUUUUACGGACCUGUUCGAUUAUCUGCCACUGACAGCUCUUGUUGAUGGCCAAAUAUUUUGUUUGCACGGUGGUCUCAGCCCGUCAAUUGACAGUUUAGAUCAUAUUCGCGCCUUAGACAGACUACAGGAAGUGCCACACGAGGGCCCAAUGUGCGACUUGCUGUGGUCGGAUCCGGAUGACCGAGGCGGCUGGGGAAUUUCACCUCGUGGAGCUGGCUACACUUUUGGCCAAGACAUUUCGGAGACGUUCAACCAUACAAAUGGAUUGACACUAGUUUCGAGGGCUCAUCAGCUCGUGAUGGAGGGCUACAAUUGGUGUCAUGACCGAAAUGUUGUGACAAUCUUCUCAGCGCCCAACUACUGUUAUCGCUGCGGAAACCAAGCGGCACUGAUGGAAUUAGAUGAUUCACUCAAAUUUUCAUUCCUUCAAUUUGAUCCUGCGCCUCGUCGUGGAGAGCCACAUGUUACACGAAGAACACCAGACUAUUUCCUUUAAAUCAGCGUUAAAGAGCAGAUGAAGAUACAUAUAACGUAUAAAUGAUCUAUUUUGAACAGAAUUGAUGAAUAUAAAAGAAAAAAAUAUAGAGGAGAAAACAAGAGGAAAUAAAUAGAACUAAACUACUAUUAAAGAAAAGCAAGAAAAUGAAAUAAAAAGAACUUCAUGCAUCCCGUUGUGGACAAAAUAUCUUUUAUAUUCUUAUCAAAUCAAACAUUUCACCUUCAUCCGCGCAGCAAUUGAGUAAUAGAAACAAAAAAAAAUCAUUCACUUGUGAAAUUUCAUAAUUGACAGAGAAAGUGUGAAGUGAAAAAAAGGAAGAUUUAAAGUAAAUGUGCACAAACUUCACUGAGAAAGAGAACUUAUAGCGUUUUGCCCAAAAUUAUUUUGAGUGCAUUGAUGAGAAAUGUUUGACAUAUUCACCUUUUAAUUUAAAUAGUUAAGUGUAAGAUAAAUAAAGAAAAAAAAACAAUAUUACAAAAGAGAAUUCUUGUAUUGAUGAGAAUGAUGAAAUAAGCAAGUUUGGAUCGAUUUAGGCAAAAAAAAUACACAGAAGAAUUUUAAAGUCAUAAAUAGUAAAAAAAAAACUUGUAAUGGAUUGAAAGGAAGUAAAAUAAAGUAUAUUCAGACCCAAAUUGUAUCUCUGACGACUGCUUUUUCUAUAUACAAUACAUAUUAAACAUAAUAAAUGAUAAAGUAAUACAAAAUAGUUAAACCUGUAAUAACGAUUGAAUAUGACCAUAAAUAUUUGAGAACGGACAAAUGAGAAAGAAUUGUUCAGGUUACUUAACGGUGGCAAAAUGCGCGAAAAAAAGGGGGAGAAAGUGGAGGAAAAUGUAUUAUCAAAUUAAUGAUACCGAGAUAUAUUGCGGGAGAAAAUGAUGAAUUAGAAUUCACAUAGGAGAAACGUGCGGAGAAAAUAUAAUUAAACUUACGAAAAAAUCGUCAUAAAGAACAAAAAAAAGAAAUAAUAUAAUGAGAUUUAGACGAAAAGGUAAUUUAUCGCUGAAGUAAAAGAAAAAAAAAUACAGAAUUGAGUGAAUGUGAAAACUGAGAAAGUAAAUAAAAUAGAAGAAAAGAAACCUAAAUUUGUAUUAUGUACUAUAUUUAUAUACAUUCAAAUUGUUGAGGGAUAAAAAUCGCCGGUAAAUAACAGAAGAAUUAAGCGUAAUUUGAAUGGAACUUGGUUCUUUUUUCGCCUUAACGAGAAAAUCAACAGUCCUCUAUUUCGAUUCACGAGAAAUAAGAAAAGAACAGAGUGUGGCAUCGAAAAUGCGGAUUCUUAGGACAUUUGCUAUUACUUUACCUUUGACGAUAUAACUGUUUUUUCUACAAGAAAGUUCACUGUGAUGCUUUGGAAAUUUUAACAUUUGAGCAUUUUGUAGGCUUAGUAAAGCUAUAAGAUGAUUUUUUUUGCUAUGAACAUUUAAAUUGUGGGAUAAAAUACAUAAAUACAAAAUACUCAACUACAAAAUUUCAACUCAUCACCAGUAAUUCUUUCUCUGCUUUUCACGGCCUUUUCAUUGCCACAUUCUGCGUAUUUCAUCUCUUUUUUAUAUUUCAAUUUCAGUGUAUUGUUUUAAAAAUAAAAGAAUGAACUGUUUCAUGAAUUUGCAAGUAUGACGAUGUUCAAUCUCUAGAUUUAAAUGAAGAAAAAUAUAUAUAUAAAGAAGUAAACACACUUUAUGGGAGUAAAUAGAAGAAAAUAAAAAAAACUGAUGAGAAUGUGUCUCACAAAGUAUAUAAACUAAAUAAGAUAUACAAGAGGAUGGAAAGGGAGGAGAGCAACAUUAAGUGGAAUACUUUUUGUAAAACACAAUUUUUCUACGUACGAACCAAAAUGCGACAUGGCAUCAAAUUUAAGAGAAUUUUGAAGAAGAGAAAAACCUCUGUAAACGGAGUGAAAAGGGAAAAUGAUAGAGAGUAAUUUGCUAUGUUAGGUGAUUUUAUUUUCUUUUAGUUCUAUUGUUGCGAGAAAGAAAGAAAAACUUAUUAAGAGACGAAAUAUCCAACUGCGUGACACAAAACACAAUCAAUUUUGUGCCAUUUGCCAUCGUACUUUUCUACUCCAGCCUAUCGUUUGACUCUUCAAUUGACCAUCAUUUUCUGCAGCCGAGCGAAGAACAGCCCAUCAUAGUGACAUGACUUCAAGCAUCUUUCCCUUUUGGAACACACACUCAAAUACACAAUAAUGUAGUAGAGAAUAUUUAUGUUCAUUUCAUCUGAGGUGUCAAGGUAGAAUUCUGAAGACUUUCUCAAAAAGUCCUCUAGCAAGAAAAUUCGUUGGAGAGGAAAUCACAAAAUCACGCCAAAAGCAAAGGCCUUGGAAGAUAAGAGAGAUUUAUUUAAUUGAUAUUUAAAGAAUGAAUCAUAGGAAAAAUGUGAAAAGUAUAAUUUUGUGUUGUACAAUUUUAAUACAAUAAAAAAGCAUUAAUUGAAAGAGAAGUGAACUAUCAGAAUGUAAAAAAAAACAUGUGGAGGAAAAGAGUGUGAAAUUGUGGAGCAAAAUUUCAUAUUAUUUUUGCCAUUGACAAAACGUGAGAGAGAGAGACACGAAGAAGCGUAGGAAGUUGAGGAAUCUUUGAAAGGAUCGAUAGACAGACGGGGGGAAAAGAACAGGAGAAUGAAUAUGAUUAACAUAAAAAAAAUUGAGUUCUUGUUUAAUUGUGGUAACAUCAUUAUCAAAAUAAUAAAGAUACAAAAAUACA